AUCAAAGAAGCUGAGAUUGAGCAAGGCAGUGGUCGGAGGGGGCUUCUAAAUUUACAGAGAAGAGGAGAUGCCUGGACAAUUCCUUUGAAUUAAGCUCAGCUCCAAGGCAUCGUGCAGAUCUCUUGGCAAGAGCCUGGAAGAAGUUUGACCUUUUGCAGGAUAUUUGUUUUCAUCCAAUUUACAACCCUUAGCUCGCCUAGUGGCCUCCCAUCCUAAUGCUAAUGAAUUCCUGCUCUUGGGGCUUCCCUGCAAUGCUCAGAGACUGCUGCCCUCCCCGAUCCAGCGCCAUCCUCCGGGACUUCAGUUCCCAUAGUCCCCUGCCCUCGUGGCAUCAGCCGGGGAUGGUGAGAAUUGGAGUCCCCUACACCAGGGAACAUUAGGGAAGGAUGCUUUUCUGGUCGACUUUUGUGCCGAGUUGCUCGACGGAGUUUUCUGCUGCUGCUGGAGGUCCUGGGUGCGAAACACACAGGUGGGGCUUCAUUUUGCCUCUCCCCCCCCACUCCACUCGGAUUUCAAUCUGCAUAAAAAUGGAGAUUUAAGGGUGGGGGUUGAAGAUGUAAAAGCAACUCUGGGUGAGAGCAAAAAGAAAAGGAUGCCAGGUAGGCCAAGCAGGCAGAAGCCCUAUCUAGAGGAGAGGAAUGGCCAAAAUUAGCUUGCAACGCAAAGGAGGGGGCAAAGUAGCUGACAUGAAGCCCUUGCUGGUUAGCUCCAGGCCCCCAUGAAAAACUUCCGAAAGUUACAACAUCAUUGCAAGGUAGGCCAGGUAGCCGGAAAAAAAUAGGUUUAAAAAAACUUUUUCAAGGAAAGAGUCACCUCUACACUUUUCCAAAGUCUAUGUGCCCGCAGUGACCAUAUCUGACCUCAGAGUCGCACUUCCGGUUUCUUCUAGCCCCGUUUUUAACUGCUCUAGGCAAACGCUCUGGCGCGCGGCCUUUUGACGUCAUCAAGCGUCGCUUCUUCCCGGAAGUGCCUUGCCGGAGCGCACGGACGUAGGGAAGCCACCCUCUAGUGAUAACUAUGGAUUCCGCCGGUCACCCUUCGAUGGGUGAAAUUAUCCUUCUGGCAACCAGUUCGGCCGUCACUGCAAUCCUCUAUGCCGUUUACAGACACAAGUCAAAAGUUGCAGACAGUCUGAAGAGUGCUAAAAAGGUCACCCUGGAUCAGGAUUUAAAGAAUCUGCUGAUGGAAGCCCCAGGGAAAUGCGUCCCCUAUGCGGUGAUAGAAGGUGUGGUGCGCUCUGUCAAGGAAAGCCUCAACAGCCAGUUUGUGGACAGUUGCAAGGGGGUGGUCCAGAGGCUGACCCUUCAGGAGCACAAGAUGGUGUGGAACCGGACCACCCACUUCUGGAACAAUUAUGAAAAGAUCAUCCACCAGAGGACAAACACGGUCCCUUUCGAUCUGGUAGCCCCGGGGAGCGAGGGCCCCCCCGACGUGGCCGUGAGGGUCCUGAAGCCCCUCAGUGCUGCCGAGCUGAGCCUGGAGACCGUCUACGAGAGGUUCCACCCCUCGGUGCAGUCCUUGACUGACGCCAUCGGCCACUACAUCAGUGGAGAGCGACCCAAGGGCAUCAAGGAGACCGAAGAGAUGCUGACCGUUGGGGCGGCCCUCACCGGGGUCGGCGAGCUCGUCCUGGACAGCAGCACCAUCAAGCUGCAGCCCCCCAAGCAGGGCCUGCGCUACUGCCUGAGCAGCCUGGGGUUCAAGACGUUGCUUGAGCGGCAGGAGUCGAGCGUCCGGUUCUGGAAGGUCCUGACGACCCUCUGCGGGCUGGCCAGCUGCGCCCUCCUCAUCUUUGUUCUGCACAAACAGUACCGGUGUCAGCGGGAGAAGCGGCGGCUGCGUCAGAUGCUGGAGGGCAUCGCCGCCGGAGGGGAUGCCACCAACACCUGCGUGGUCUGCCUGGGCAACGGCCGGGCCUGCGUUUUCCUCGAGUGCGGGCACGUGUGCUCCUGCCUCAAGUGUUACGAGGCCCUGCCCAGGCCCCCCCGCUGCCCCAUCUGCAGGCAGCUGAUCGCCAGGGUGGUGCCCUUGUACAACAGCUGAGGGGCGACGACCCCCCUCUCAGGCUACUGUAGGAACUGGUUUGAACAUUGCUGCGUAAAACGGGGAGCGGGUUUCGUGGGAGGGGAGGGGGCUUAGCGGUAGCUCUUUGAGCAGAUCGACAAAGCCAAGUGGUGUUGCUCCCACACUCAAUCUGGAAUCGAACUGCCGGCUGUGGCUUUGGUAAAAAUGCCGAAACGAAGGUUCUUCUCUUUUCUUUGCGCGUGUGAAUAAAUCGUCUUUAGAUGUUGCUUGUUGGAGAACUCCCAGGAUGAUGUUUCUGGAGCCGUGUGGCGUUCAACGCACCUUUUUGAUUCAUUGGCGCUUUGUGUGUUUGGCCCUGAAUGUUAUUUUUCAGUUCCAUUUCCCUGCCUACUCAGGUCCCAGAAUAAAAGGAGGUUGCCUUGCCCUUGCUUCAGAGGCAGCUUUGGCUAUUUUUGCCUCUAAAGGAUCUUACAUGUGUCGGGAAAGAGAUGGAAGGGGAAAGAAAUUAUAUUUAAAGAGGGGAGAGAACCAUGGCUGUGUUGGAAAUUACUGGAUAGCCAAGCAAAGCCUCCUUGGAGUUUCAGACCCGGAACCAAGUCUCUUUCAAAUGGCCUUACACACCUAACCUGGAUAGCCCAAGCACGCAAUCACACUCAAGAGCCGUGGGCAUCCUGAGAGUCAGAAAAGAAGGAAAAUAAAUUUUGCUAAAUGCUGUGAAUGCGCCUCCCGCCUGAUCAAUAUUUAACCCUUUUUGCGUAACUAAAAACUCUGGUUGCAGUUUCUGAGGGAGCAGGUUGCCGCAUGCAUGUGUACGAACGGAGGCGGCAACCGAGAUGCUUUUUUUGGGGAACUCAAAAGUGUUGAUUGGAAACCUGCUUCUGGUCUCUUCUGGAGACCGUUAGGGGGCAGUGUUGUCCUUGUGGUCUCCUCUGCUGUCUCGGUGUGCCGCUGUCCCUUGGGUGCAGGCACCUUGGCGAAGCAAAGCAGGCGGGAAGCAGGCCAGCCCGCUUAAAUUUCUCUGCCCGCCUCACCCACGGCAUGGCCUCUACUGCCAAGUAAACAGAAUUUCCUUGGCGGCCCCAAGGCCUUAGAGACUUAGAAAUAACUUUAUUGUCACUUUGAAUGUACACUAACCAGCAUUGCAUACAGCUGAUCAGCAAGGGUCCAUACCCAAGAAUUGGGAACGUCUAAUUUAAUAAAAAGAAGGACCAGAGGUGACCUGAUAGUCUUCCAAUAUUUGAGGGUCUCCCACAAAGAAGAGGAGGGGGUCCACCCCUUCUCCAAAGCCCCUGAAGGCAGGACAAGAAGCAACGGAGGGGAAACUCAUCUGAGAGAAGCAGCCUGGAAGUAAGGAGAAACUUCCUAACAGUGAGGACAAUUAAUCAGUGGAACAGCUUGCCACCAGAAGUUGUAGGUGCUCCAUCACUGGAGGUCUUCAAGCGGAGACUGGACAGCCAUUUGUUAGGGAUUGUUGAGGGUUUCCUGCGCCAGCAGGGGGUUGGACUAGAAGACCUCCAAGGUCUGAUUUCUCUUAGAUCACAUACAUCUUACAUCAUCCCCACGGUCACAUGAUCAAAAUUAAGGCGCUAGGCAAAUGACUCGUACUUAUGACAGUCGCAAUGUCCCAGGGUCACGUGAUCCCCUUUUGCAGCCUUCUGACAAGCAGAAGUCAAGGGGGAAGCCGGAUUCGCUUAACGACCGCGUUGCUCAUUGAACAACCGCAUCGAUUGGCUUCACCCUCAUGCCAAGAAAGGUUGUGAAGCGGGGGAGGGGUGUGUGUGUGUGUGUGUGUGCAAAACUCACCCAACAGCUGUCUUGCUUAGAUGGGGAAAGUGGGGGGGGCUCAGUGGUGGUCAUAUGCGCCUGAUUCUAGGGCAAAGCCCCCCCCCCCCCCGAACCCGGGCUUGGAGGGCAGGAAUGGCUGCUGGGAACCUUCACGUGAAAAGGAAGGAAAAGAGAGGGGCGCUUUGUAGAAACAAGGCAGGAGGGUGUGUGUCUAUUUUCCCCAGUCAGUGAGUCAGUCUCUGUGUGUGUGUGUGGUUGUGUGUUGUGUGUGUGCGUGCUUGUGCGCGCCUGGCGCUUGCAGCCAAGCCUGGUUUGGGCGUCCAUCCCACUUUUUCUUCUUCUUCUUCUUUCUUUCGGGACUC